ACCGGGGCGACCGUGAUGCUUCCGCUGCGGCGCUUGUCGCGGGCCUGCCGCCGGCGAGGUCUCGCCCAGUUCGCCGCCGGAAUCCCCCGGGAGGCGGCGGACGCGGUCGUGGUGGGCGCCGGCGCGGUCGGCCUCGCGGUGGCGCGCGCGCUGGCCAUGGCCGGGCGCGAGGUGGUGGUGGUCGAGGCGGCCUCCAGCUUCGGCACCGGCACCAGCUCCCGCAACAGCGAGGUCAUCCACGCCGGCAUCUACUACCCUCCCCGCAGCCUCAAGGCUAAUCUUUGUGUAAGAGGAAGGGAAAUGCUCUACAAGUACUGCGCAGAACGAGCAAUCCCCCAUGAACGGCUCGGUAAACUUAUCGUUGCUACUGGUGUUGCAGAGACUGCAAAGCUGGACAUGCUCCUCAAGAGUGCUAAAGACAAUGGGGUGGAUGAUCUUCAGAUGAUGGAAGGUUCUCAGGCCAUGGAGAUGGAACCUGAACUUCGUUGUUUGAAAGCUUUGCUAUCACCUAGUACUGGGAUUGUUGACUCACAUUCAUUCAUGCUCUCCCUUUUGGCUGAUGCUGAAAACCUAGGCGCAACCACAUCAUAUAACACAGCAGUCAUUAGUGGGCGUGUUGGAGAUGGAGGGCUCGAGCUUCAUAUUUCUGAAAGCAAAGAGCUGGAGAACCAUUCUAUAGGCUCUCCUGUACUCCCACAGAUUGUUUUGCUUCCAAAACUUCUGAUAAAUGCAGCAGGUUUGAGUGCAAUUCCACUUGCCAAAAGACUUGAUGGCCUUGACCAAGCAUUUGUGCCCCCGGCUUACUAUGCCCGUGGAUGUUACUUCACCCUCUCACAAACCAAGAGUCCUUUCAGCCACUUAAUAUACCCUCUACCAGAGGAUGGUGGCAUAGGGGUCCAUGUCACACUAGACUUAAAUGGCCUUGUUAAAUUUGGACCAGAUGUUGAAUGGUUAGAUGGUAAAAUGGAUGACAUGUCAUGUUUCCUGAAUAGAUUUGAUUACUCGGUGAACCCCACCCGAUGUUCUGGAUUUUACUCUGUGAUAAGGAAGUACUUUCCAAAUCUCAAGGAUGGUUCUUUGGAGCCUGGUUAUUCUGGGAUCCGACCAAAGCUUUCUGGCCUGGGACAGCGCCCUUCGGAUUUUGUUAUUCAGGGGGAGGAAGUCCACGGUAUUCCUGGGCUGGUUAACUUGUUUGGUAUAGAAUCCCCUGGUUUGACAUCAAGCUUGGCAAUUGCAGAACACAUUGUUUCAAGGUCUACAGCAAGGGGACGACGCCAGGGAGCUGCGCACAGGAGCUGAGAUGAUCAGGGCUAGCACGAUGCAGCUGAUGAAGAUGUGUGGUGCUGUCAAGCAACCGAUCCAAGGUGCCUGAUGCUUCAGAGAUGCUCUGACUGAAGAGAUGGCUGGCACGU